CAUGUACACAGUAAUCCUCUCAGGUCUGACUUCAUAAGUGCAUCGCAUUUACGAGCUUCAUCCCAGCGUCCCUGUUAUCUCUAGUUGAACAUUUGCGUUCUGUACCACGUAUAAAUCCACUCAUUAGCCGUCGCAGCCUUGCGCUCUGCUCCCUGGUCUGCCGCAUACUAUACCCGUCAUCCAUGGCCUCCACGUCUCCAACCGCCCUGGCCGCUGACCUCCCUGAAGCCACGAGACAUUUGCAAGACAAGCGACUGUCCAGUGCAGUCGAAAUGAACGACCUACAGUCGCAACCUUCGAGUUCAGCCAAAGUCUCCGGAGACACCACCGAUGCCGCAGCCUUAUCGACAGGCAUCUCCUCACAGACCCAACCCAAAAUGUCGAUACCACAGACCACUAUGGAAGGCCCUUCUUCAGAAAUAGAGACAAGAACCUCAGAAUCUAAGCCACGUCCUCCCACUGGCCUUAAACGAUUAGAAACCGAGGCCAUUGGUCCGUCAUCAGAUAAUCCCGUAAUAAAAACAGAUCCGGCGGCGGGUCCGGCCGUGAUGAUAACGUUACUCCUAACGACGGGCGCAAGACAUCCAUAUAGGCUCGAUGAGAAAUAUUUGAAGAAGCGUAAUGUCAACGUCGAGUCCAUGAACCCCUUCAACGUUAGCGUAUACACACUCAAGGAGCUGAUAUGGCGAGACUGGCGUGAAGAAUGGGAACCACGACCGACAUCGCCAAGUUAUAUCCGCCUAAUUCAUUUUGGGAGGAUGCUCGACGAUAAGACGCCACUGAGAGAAUGUCGAUUUCAACAGCAGACCCCAAAUGUGAUACAUAUGACGAUCAAGCCCCAGGAAAUAGCCGACGAUGAAGACGCAAGGACUGGCAAAGGUGGUACUGGCCGCGACCGUGACGGGGAAGAACGUACUACCGGAUGCAGAUGUGUUAUUUUAUAAUUGGUAAUGCUCUUGGACCUAUCAGAACUGCAUAUUCAGCUCGUUUUUACCGCAGCACCACCAGGUGGACGACACUCAGGCAUUCUUUCUCUUUUGCAACAUUUGGACCUCUCAGUCUCGCAUUGUGCAACGGCGCUUGGUAACAAAGUUUUAUGUCAGUCUGUUGGGUCGGACAUAUUCGUCAUAUGUUAAUGGGCGCGUCUAUAAUCGAUCGUUUGGAGUAGGGGUGUAAUGCUGUACAAUGGAUGUUUGGUACAUUGAAGGAAGACAUAGCAUCAUCAGAUAUGCAAUGACAUCACGCAAGAUUAUUCACAU